AUGGAUGACUGGGAUACCACCACCAAGAUUGGCAGCCGCACCCGUGGCUCUGGCGCCGCCCAGCGAGAGACUGUUGUUCGAGGAAAGGCUGCUUUGAAUGCUGCCCAACGAGCUGGCGGUCUCACAACCGAGAAGAAGUACUCUUCUGCCAAUGCCGGUUCUGCACCAGAGGGUCAGCGUAUGACAAAGGUCGAUCGAUCCGACGACAUCAUUAAGCCCAACACCAUCGGCAAGACUGUUGGCGAUGUCAUCUCCAAGGCUCGUCAGCAAGUUGAGCCUAAGAUGACACAGAAGGAUCUUGCUACCCGAUGCAACACCACCCAGGCUAUCGUCGCCGACUUCGAGCGAGGCACUGCCACCCCCGAUCAAAAGGUGCUUGGCGCCAUGGAGCGAGUGCUCAAUGUCAAGCUGCGAGGUAGCGACAUUGGCGCUCCCAAGUUCCCCAACAAGAAGAAAUGA